AUGCAGCGAUUUCUUGUCGAGCCAAUACAGCAAUUCGCUGGCACAAAUACAAGAAUCAAGAAACCCACUGAAAUUGCUUUCUUCUCUUACGACUCUGAGCAUAAACUCAAGCCGCUCGACAAUGAAUCAUUGAAAUACUACUAUCCACCAUUCUUCAAUAUUCCUGGUCAUCAUGACAACAGGUUUCCUGUAGAUUUGUCGAAAGGAUAUGAUUCUUUUCGGCAAAGAGAUGACAGUGGUGACGAGCAUUUGGAUGGUCUUCUAGACACUCUUGUCGAGACUGAGAAACGCAAUGGCAAAAAGAUUGAAGUUGACUUGGUGACGUGGAGGGGCAUGAUGACCAGAAUCUUGACAGCGCCAUACGAGAUGGAAGAUGGUUUCGAGAUGAAUGCAACAUGCUUUCAAGGCACAAUAUACAUCGAGGAGAACCAUGCAUACAAGGCUGCAUCUAGGGAAGCGCAAAAGGCCCGCUUCUCACGGAGUAGAGGUCCACCACAAGACAUGGCUAUGUACUGGGGCUACAAGUUCGAGACAUUGUCACUGUUGAACAAGCCCUGGGGAGAAACAACAAGAGAAGAGAUCGAGGGCAGAGAAGACGAAGUUGUCGACAACUAUGCCCAAUACUGCAGCAUCUGCAGAACGGAGAUUGGCGGUGCAUCAAUGGUCAUCGGUGGGGAGGUAGAUGGAGUACUCGGAUACAAGCCUGACGAUCCGCAAGCACCUGCUAGAUGGGUAGAGCUCAAGACAUCCAAACAACCAGAGCAUGAGCGCGAUCGAUGGGUCCUCGACAAGAAACUCCUCAAGUUCUGGGCCCAGUCAUUUCUGCUGAAUGUACCCAAAAUCAUCAUCGGCUUUCGCUCACGAGAUGGAAAACUGCUAAACAUCGAAGAAUUGAGUACGCAGCAGAUUCCGUCCAAGAUCCAGCAACAAGGGACAUACAAGUGGAACGGCAAUAUCUGCAUCAACUUUACAGGCCAAUUCCUUGAUUUUCUCAAGCAGACGAUUGUCGGCGAUGGCGUGUGGAGAGUUCGAAGAGAAGCCAAGAGCACAGCAAUUGAGGUCUUCAAGGUCGAAGAGACGGGCACAGGCAAUAUUCUCACACAAAACUUCAUCGACCAUCGAAACAAGCUGCUCGCAGGAGAGAUCGCCACAGCAUUGAAGGAUCGUGGAGCUGCUUAG